AUGGCAACAGGCUUCCGGUCCUUUGCCGUCAUCUUGACCGCGCUCAGUUGCCUGCCCCGAGGCCUGGCGUGGUAUAGGGAAUUGCCCACCUGUCUCGACGAGUUUCAGCCGUUUGUCCCCGUCGGGUGCUUUGACAAUGGCGAGCCCGGCGGCCAGGAGGCCUUGUCUAUGAAGACUGAGAUUUCCGUCACCGGCAUGACGACGGAAAUUUGCGUUGCCGAGUGUAAAGGCAAUGGGUUUAGAUAUGCCGGCCUCGCUUGGUACGGAAACUGCUAUUGCGGACAGACGGUCGACACGGCCAUGGUAGACAGCAGCCAGUGCUCGCUGCCCUGCGACGGCAACAAGACGCAAGCCUGCGGUGGUGAUACCCAGGUCAACAUUUACCAAGACCCGACUUUCCUCCCCGUCAACGAGACCACCGUCGACGAGUACGUCGCCCUCGGCUGCUAUACGGACGGCUCCAGCUUGGGCAAGGCCCUCUUUUACCAGCAAAAGAUGGCCGACACGGCAGAUGUCACCACCGAAGCCUGUCUUGGUGCCUGUCUAAAGGGCGGCUUCCCCUUUGCUGGUACCGAAUACGCCCAAGAGUGCUAUUGUGGAGUCGUCCUUGGCAACGAUACUGCUCAGGUGGAUGUUGCCGAGUGUGCCAUGCCCUGCACCGGUAACUCGAGCCAGAUCUGUGGAGGACCAGAUCGCCUGAGCCUUUAUGUUGCCAAGGAUCUCCAGUCGCUAGAGCCCUGUGGCUAUGAACCGCCAGCCAAUUCCUCCUCCACGACGACCAUCAUCUCUAGCACCACUUCUAGCUCUUUGGUUUCAUCCUCGACUUCUACACCUGCAUCUGCGAAUGCCACGUAUUCAUACAGCCAUGUCCCUAGCUCAUCAUUGAGUGUCCCAACUUCAUUGUUUCCCACACGUAGUGCUACUCUCACCACGAGCGUGUCGAGCGGUGUACCAAGUAGUGCGCCGAGCAGUGCGCCGAGCAGUGUACCGAGCAGUAAACCUAGCACUACUACCACCAGCACAACAUCGUCCGCUGCUAUAUGCACAGCCACCACCAUCACUCCGCCGACCUGUGAGUACAGCUGCGGCAAGUGGUGCUCCUCGCCGCUUCCCGACUGGAGCGAUGGCACCGGAUGUCUGACGGCCUGGUCGUCGUGCUCCCUCCAAGUAGCCGCGUGCUUCGCAAAGGCUGGAUGGCCCGACGCCAUGGACUGCUUCAGCUUCUUGGAGUGGUGUGCCGACAUUAGUACAUACUGUGCUAGCAAAGGCGGCAGCAAGUCGGACUGUUUUGCCAAGAAUCCGCCCAAGGGCGGCAAGCCAUCUACCACGUCGACUUCCGUCUAUCCGUGUCCCACCACCACGACGUCUUCAGUGCGCAGCAGCUCGAGCACGACAACCACUACCUCGAGCUACCCCGUCCCCACGCCCACGGGCGGCUGCAAGCAGCCCACCAACAGCAAGUACAGCUACGGCGACGGCGCGCCCGUGGGCGGCAUCGCGCUGCCCGUCAUGACGUGCAACAACCUGCAGUCCGACUACCAGAGCGGCAACGUCUUCAAGCUCUACACGGACUCGGACAGCCGCAAGUGCGCCUCGUACCCGCGGUCCCGGUGCGAGGCGGCCUGCUCCGACGCCUGCCGGGCCCAGUAUGACGACUGCCAGUACACGUACGCCGAGGGCUGUCGCGUCAACGGCUCGGCGGGCGGCAAGAGUUAUGGCGGGUCGGUGGAUCGGUUCACCGAGACUUAUGAGAGUGCCUCGACCCGGUGUACCUAUCAGUACCUGGAUUGCUUGGAUGUGAACCACGGAAUUACUGGAGAUGGCAAGUGUACCAAAUAUGGUGGAGGAUGGUAA